AUGUCUACUACACCGACUACUACAGCUGCUUCAGCAAAGACGAUGAAUGUGCGAAUUGCUAUUCAGGAUUAUAUCAAUAAGAUGUUGAAUAAUGUUCAGGGAAUGAAGGUGUUGGUACUGGACAAAGAAACUGCUGCUAUUGUUGGUCUGGUAUACUCUCAAUCCGAUAUAUUACAGAAGGAGGUAUUCCUCUUUGAGAAGAUCGAUGGUACCUCCUCAGAGAAGAUGCCACACAUCAAGGCCGUCUACUUUGUACGACCAACUCAAGACAAUGUACAUCGCAUCGCUGACGAGAUCAGGAAUCCAAGAUUCUCUGAUUAUCAUCUAUUCUUUACAAACUCAAUUGGAUCGGGAUCACUGGAGGACAUUGCCAAGUAUGAUCAGAGUGACAGUGUUAAGGAGGUACAGGAGUACUUUGGAGACUUCUACCCAAUCAAUCCAGAUACAUUCACACUCAACAUACCAGGUGUGCUCACAAGAACAACUGCUGCAUGGCAGACCAACAUCAACAGAAUCAUUGAUGGUCUCACUGCAUCACUUCUAGCACUCAAGAAGAAGCCCAUCAUCAGACACUCUGCCAACUCUGAGGCAACCAGAUAUCUCGCACAAGCAAUGACCGAGAGGAUCAGUAAGGAGAGAGAUGCAUUCGACUUUAGAAAGCAUGAAUCAUUGUUGUUGAUUCUCGACAGGAAGGACGACCCAAUCACUCCACUCUUGCAUCAAUGGACUUAUCAAUCAAUGAUUCACGAGUUACUCUCGAUCAACAAUAACAGAGUCAGCUUGAAUAGGAAGGGCGAGUCUGAUCCCAACAAGGAGGUCAUACUUAACGUCGACCACGAUGCCUUCUACAGAGACAACAUGUUUAUGAACUAUGGAGACCUUGGUGCCAGUAUCAAGGACCUCGUAGAGACCUAUCAAAAGAGACAAGAGAGCAGUGCUAACAUCAAUACCAUCGAGGACAUGAAGAGAUUCAUUGAGAGUUAUCCACAAUUCCAGAACUUCUCAACAACAGUGUCCAAGCAUGUCAACUUGAUGGAGGAGAUAUCAAAGAGGAUUAGUGACGAUCAUCUGAUGGAGGUGUCAGAGAUGCAACAGGAGUUGGCGUGCAACAAUGAUCACGGCAGUGCCUACGCAAGACUGUGCGAGAUGCUCGACAGCGAGAAGUUCACCAAGGAGGACAAGCUGGUGAUGGUGUUGCUCUACAGUAUUAGAUACGAGGAGGGACAUGUUUGGGAGCUGCAAGAGAAGCUGUCACGCUGUGGAUUAGAGCCCCACCACAUCAGUCUAGUGCAGACACUCAAGGACUACGCCGGCAAGAAUCAGCGAGAGGGUGAUCUGCUUGGCACCAAGAACAUCCUGUCACACUUUAUGAAUGGCGUCGUCAAGCGUGGUCUCCAAGGUAUCUCCAACAUCUACACACAGCAUGCACCACUAUUGUCCGAGAUCCUAGAGCAGUUAUCCAAGAACAAACUUCGCGAGCAAUCAUAUCCAUAUUACACAACAGGUCAGCCAACUGAAAGACCAUCAGACAUUAUUGUAUUCAUCAUUGGAGGCAUCACUUAUGAGGAGGCCUAUAAUGUAUUUAAGUUCAACUCGAUGAAUGCCAACCAAAAGAUCCGUGUCGUCUUGGGUGGUUCUACCAUUCUCAACUGCAACCAAUUCCUGGAGGAUCUGACUCACAUGAAGAUUCUUAGCAAGAAUAGAUAA